AUGGACAUUUGGCUGUGCUGGGGGAGGGGGAGGAAGUUGCCCAAGCUCUAAUUGCCGUAGCCCAAUCUGAAUGUUACUGGGCCUUAGAUGCCUUAGGCCAGGACUGUUUUCUCCAUGAAAGGCCUUACCUGGUGAACCAGCCGAAACCAAAAAAUAAAAAGAUUUUAGACAGCAGAGAAGUUCUGCCCACACAUUGCUUUGUCAGCAGAUUUCUCAAAGUUUCUAAAUGUUCAGAAGAAAUCAAAAAUUACAUUGAGGAAAGAUCUGGAGAAGACCCACUGGUGAAAGGCAUUCCUGAAGAUAGAAAUCCUUUUAAAGAGAAAGGCGGCUGCGUUAUUGCUUAAACAGGAUUUUUGUGAAACUGGAAUAAUAACAAAAACCUUUGAAUAAUUAGCUCAAGUUCCAGGAGUUCUUGCUGAACCAAUACAGAGAAACUGAUUUUUUUAAAAAAUGAGAAUGGGAAUAUCUGCUUAUAAUAUCCGUUCCUAAAGCAGAUUUUUUAAACUUAAUGUAUCACUAAAUACAUUCCUAGAGGCCAUUUCUUGCUCUUUUAAUUUCCUGUGCUGCUUGCUUGUUUGAAUAAUAAUAAAAAUCUAUUUGUACAACUA